AUCAAGCUGAACGUGGGCGGACAGUAUUUCACCACCAGCCUUCAAACACUGACAAAAGAUAAAGGAUCAAUGCUACACGCCAUGUUCUCGGGCAGAUUUGACACAAAGCCUGCUGAAGACGGAACUUACUUUAUUGAUCGCGAUGGAACUCACUUCCGGUAUAUCUUAAACUACCUUCGAACCGGACGACUUCUUUUCCCCAAAGACGAACUGAUUCGCGAGGAGUUAUUAGAGGAAGCUGAAUUCUAUCAGAUUCGUGGCAUCUUAGAAGAGCUUCGCCAUCCACCGAAUCAGCCAUUCAAGGACUCUACCGUCCUGUCAACUGAGCAUAAACAAGUCCUUAUCAACAAUUUUUUGAAAGAGCAACUAAUGCCGUGUUUAGACUUGAGCGUGCUACCGAGGUUUUGGAGUUAACUUACCUAGGUAAAUAUUUUGCGUGUGUAAACGCCAACUGAUACCCUGGUAAACACCGCUCAAGACAAUAGAAAGUUAACUAAGGUAAAAGUUCGGUUUGCCCUGCGAAAAGGCAUGGUUAAGGUCGGUAACCAAGGUUUGGAUGACAGAUACAUCCGCUUGCGGUCGCAUAGAAUUUCAAAUCCUGUGGUGUCGGGAUUGCGUCAGGCUCAUUCGAUCACGUUUUCGAGACCAGGUUUUCGAGACUAGGUUUUCGACCAGGUUUCCACGUUUGGUUUCGGUCUACGAAGAAGUUAUGGCAAAAACCAAAGACACAAAAGACACACCAUUCUUCAACAAAAUUUCCGGUUAAGGUUUCUCGGCCACGACCACGCACGUCUAACGCGCCUUGUCUUGCGAAGGGCAAUUUGUAGCAGAAUUAAUCGCUUUCGCCUCCACCUCUUUAGGUGCUGCAAAAGUAAGAGCUGCUGCAAACUCGAUUCCUGGGUUUGCUGAUCAAGAACAAGAAAAUAAAACGCGAGGACUACAAGAGCCACAGCUUCUCUUUUAAACGCGAGCAUUUAUGCGUGGAUUUAGAAUUUGCCGCCAAUUCGAUUAGAUUGUGAUUGAUGACAGACUUACCUUAGUUAUUUGAGCCCGUAUAAACACUGUACAAAUGUACCAGGGUUUAGUCAGUUAAUGUUUACUUUGGUAAACGCUUGAGUGUAAACACAGCAUAAGUGAUGAAUCCAACUUUGUCCUUAUUUAUCGAGCCUCAAGAGAUGAGUGGCAUUCUUCCAAGUUUCAUGCUCUUUGCGAUGAUAAGGGACCAACGGUUACCGUGGUGAAGAAUGGAAAUAAUAUUUUUGGAGGAUACACAGAGAUGUCCUGGGAGGACGGUAAGCAUUGAAUUAAGGAAAUCCAAUGAAGGUUUAAACCUUUGGAAACAUGAUUAGGAAGCUUUAACAACGACGACAGCGACGGCAACGAGAACGGAAAAAAAGCAAUAGGCCUUUUCAGUUUGUGUGUUUUGUUUUCCAGACUUCGACCACGUGAUUUUCUCCAGCGAAUUUGCCUUUAGUCAUUAAUAAAUUAAUGAUGUAUGCAUAUGCAUGUGGAUGUACUUGCAAGGUACUUGUGGGAAAACGAAACAUACCAGCUAAAGAGUUCUAUUUCUUUAGAAAGUAAAAUAACAACUUUGCACGUGCAUCCCGCUUUUUUUGUACAUUUCUUUGCCGUCACUUUGCAUGCGCACGACACUGAGUGAAAGUGCCUAACUUCACGCUUUGUGGAGGAUGUAAACACAAAACACCGACUUUCUUUUUCUUUUCCGCAACCUCCAUACAGUUUUUUUGAAGAAGUCCAGAAAACUUUCCCAGCAUUCAAAGAGAUGAAGUAACCGCGAUAAAUUUGGAAGCAGACCGAAUUCAUUUUUUAAGUGAUGUUUUCAUAUCCUUCGCAGUCUUUGUUGCUUGAGCUCCCUAAUGAUUGAACGAUUGAUCCGAAACAUUCAGUCUUAGGCUACGUUCACGCGGCACUGGACGCGGUCGAAGCAAAGCUUUAUUAAACGCCUAGACAUUCAAAGCUCCGUGUGAACACAGCGAAAAUUUUGAACGGUUCCGUGGAAGUGGCCUAUCAAAUUAAAAAUUCGCCGGUUGCCGUGUGAACGUAGCCUUGAAGGCUGUUUACAUGGAGGGAGGAAGAUCCUAGCAACGGGAAGAAAAAAGGCAGAUCAUUCUACCGCCAUAUGUUUUCUGUAUUCAGUUUACAAGCAAAAAGUUGUACUUUUCCCUAACGCUAGGAUCUUACCAGCGAAAAGGUAGAAAGAUCCUAGCACCAUGUAAACUGCUUCCGCUACGAAGAUCCUAAAAAUCUUGAAGUAGUUUGUUUUGGGGUAGUUUCCGAGUUUCAGUGGGACGACCCCCAAAAUGAAAAAUCCUCUUUGCCUCACCCCCGUCGCCCGCCCCAUGAAUUAUGAAUACUGCCUGAUAAAGUAGCUUUUUUAAUUCUAGGAACUGGUCAAUACAAGUGCUGUAGAGAUUCAUUUUUAUUUAGCCUGGUAAACCCAUCUGGUACUGGACCAAUCAAGGUGCCGCUUAGGGGUACUUCAAACCACAAUGGGAUCUUAUGUAAUGGGUCAUUUGGACCAAUAUUUGGAGGAGGGCAUGAUCUUUUGAUUAGUAAUGAGCCAAACGCAAACUCAGAUAGCACGACCAAGUUAGGUCAUACUUAUCAGUGUCCAGAUGAUGCAAAUUCUUCAUUCCUAACUGGUCUAUCAGAUUUUGUUGUCAAUGAACUAGAAGUGUUCAUGUAUCAGCCCUGA